AUGGCAAAAAGAAUUGAGCAGUGGGAAGUCGAGCGGUACUGGGAGAUCUUCUCGUCGCUGGCAAACGGCCAGCCCCGUCUCAAUAACUCGCAAGCCGCCAGUGUGCUUCGUAACAGUCGGUUACGAGACGAGCAGCUUGAGAAAGUAUGGGAUUUGGCCGAUGUGGAUGGAGAUGGCGAGCUGGACUUUGAGGAGUUUUGCGUUGCGAUGCGGCUAAUAUUUGAUCUUGUUAAUGGGGAAUAUCAAGAAGUCCCGCGGGCGUUACCGGACUGGCUUAUCCCCGAGUCCAAGGCACAUCUAGUCCAGGCCAGUGCCGCAUUGACCCGAGGCCAGGAACAGUUUGAGCGGAUAGAGGAUGAAGACGAUACGCCCGGUCUGAAAGAUGGAUUUGACUGGUACAUGAGCCCGAAUGACAAGGCCAAAUACGAGGAAAUCUAUAGCGCAAACAAGAAUCACCGUGGCGAAAUCACAUUUGAAUCAUUACAUCCUCUUUACGACUCGUUAGAAGUGCCCGACACUGAUGUCAGGUCGGCAUGGAACCUAGUGAACCCCGCGGCAUCUUCAUCCAUCAACAAAGACGCCACUCUCGCCUUCCUGCACAUUCUGAACUUCCGACAUGAGGGUUACCGAAUCCCCCGCACCGUCCCACCUUCACUCCGCGCCUCCUUCGAGUCCAAUAAGAUUGACUACCAAGUCGACAACGUGCGCCCUGCGCAACGCUGGGGCGCAGACGGCGACACUGAAACGGCGACAGGCCGCAAAGCCAAAUUCGGAGAUACAUACUUGAGCCGACUAGGUGUGAAAUCAUCCACUUAUCGCCCUCAGGGCACGGAUUUUAGCACCACCAUCCAGGAUGAAGAGUGGGAAAAAGUGCGUUUGCGUCGCGAUCUGGCAGAACUCGAAUCGAAACUGGAAGCUGCUAAUCGCGCCUCGGAAGAGAGACGGAAUGGCGGUGGACGAGAUAGCGCGCGCAAUGAUGGACGGCCCAAUUGGGCAAUCAUUAAAAAGGAGGCGCUUCAAUUGCUAGAGUACAAGGAGCGCGAACUCCGUGAAAUGAGAGAGGGAACGGGGCGGGCGAAAGAUGGUCAGGAUCUGGCGCGGUUGAGGGAGGAUAUUAAAACGGUGGCUGACCAGGUAGAUGGCCUGAAGGAUCAUCUUGACAAGCGGAAUGACGUUUUGGCGGAUUUGAGACGGCAGAUUGAGGAUGUGAAGGCUAGUCGGUGA